AUAAUACAGGUCAUCAAUAUAAAUCACUUCACAUCCAAUUUAAAGCUUUUGCCCUGCUGAGAAUGGACCUAUUCCUUCUCGCUGCAGCUUUAAGUCACAGCAUCAUAAUCUUCAGCGCUGCCUUCCCCUCAAAUGAAUUGAAGCCAGAAUCCAUUAAGAAAACCACGCGGCUGCCAUACAUCUUCUUAGAGCGAAUCUUGUUUAUUCUUAGAUUGGCCAAUCAGCUCACAUGACGUUAAAUACUGAUCUAUCACCGAUCGAUCACAUGACUAAGAAUGGAUAAGAGGCACAUGACUGAGAAAAUAUUAAACUUCACCCUGGAGAUUCUCUACCUGCUGACCGGAGAGGAUUAUACAGUAGUGAAGAAAGUGUCUGAUAAAUGUGUGGUCCCCAGCAGCCAUCACUGUGUGUCAGGAGGAUGGAGCAAGACCUGGAGCUCCACCAUGGAUUCACCACCUCACUCACUGACACCCGAGAGAACCAAUGAGCAGAAGAUCCUAGACCUCGCCAACAAGAUCAUUGAGCUGCUAACUGGAGAGGUUCCUAUAAGGUUUCAGGAUGUCACUGUCCAUUUCUCCAUGGAGGAGUGGGAGUAUUUAGAAGGACACGUGGAUCUGUACAAAGAUUUCAUAAUGGAAAACUACCAGUCCCUCACAUCAUCAGAUGGAUCCAGUAAGAGAAAUCCACAAAUGAGAUGUCCCAGCCCUCUGCCUUCUUUGAAUUGUCCAAGGGAACAUCACAAUGUCCCAAUGGAUCAUCAGGUUGCCAAUCUUUUUGACAUUAAAGUUGAAAUUAUAGAUGAUGAAGAAGAGAAUGACAUGAGAGCUGAUCAGCAAGAUGGAUCCAGUAAAAGAGACCCAGCAGAAAAAUGUCCCAAUACUUUGUAUCCCUGGAACUGUGAAGAAGUAGAUCACCAUGCCCCUCAAAAACCUCAGGAUGAAGAUCUGCUUAAUAUUAAAGUUGUUGUUAUAGAGGAAGAAGAAGAGGAGAUGUAUUUGAGGGGCGAUAGACAGUUUAAGGAGGAGGAAAUUCCUUUAGAUAUGUGCCCAGAUCAUGAAAGAGAAGUUAAUUUUACACAUGAUUCUUCAGGACAAAACCAAGUCCCUUCAGAUUUUCUUCCAGUCUUUCACAGUCGAGGUUUGUCAUCUGCAAAUGACAAAAAACAUUCCUUUGACCCUACAUAUAUUGAGGAAAAGGGAGCAAAUCACAAAGGAGGCAAAUUGUAUCCCUGUAAUGUGUGCGGGAGAUAUAUUAAAUCAAAAACCAGUCUUAUUCGGCAUCAGAGAAUCCACACGGGUGAGAGGCCAUUUUCAUGUUCUGAAUGCGGGAGAUGUUUUACCCAGAAAUGUGAUUUUAUUCAACAUCAGAGAGUCCACACAGGAGAAAAGCCGUUCUCAUGUUCUGAGUGUGGGAAAUGCUUUCGGCGCAAAUCGAAUCUUGUUGAGCAUUACCGAAUUCACACAGGAGAGAAGCCGUUUUCAUGCUUAGAGUGCGAUAAAUGUUUCACAAGGAAAUCCAAACUUUUCAGACAUCAGAAAACUCAUCAUGCCAACAAGAGGUUGUUCUCAUGCUCUGUGUGUAGAAAAAGUUUCACACAGAAAUCAGAUUUUAUCCAGCAUCAGAGCAUUCAUGCAGCAGACAAUUGGUUUUCAUGUCCUGAGUGUGGAAAGUGCUUUACCAGGAAGUCCAACCUUGUUAAACAUCAGCUGGUGCACACAGGGGAGAAGCCAUUUUCAUGUACUGAGUGUGGGAAGGGUUUUAUGAAAAAGUCUAAUCUUGUUGAACAUCAGAGAAUACACUCUGGGGAGAAGCCGUUUUCUUGCAGUCAUUGUGGGAAAUCUUUUACGCAGAAGUCUAAUCUUGUUACCCAUCAAAGAAUUCAUACGGGAGAGAAACCAUAUUCAUGUUCUAAAUGUGGGAAGUGUUAUACACAGAAGGCUAACCUUAUUGAACAUCAGAGAGUUGGCACGUGUGAGAAACAAUUCUCUUCUUUUUCUGGGAGAUGAUUAAAACAAUUUUAAAAAACUGAAAAGUUCCAGUACUGGAGAAUGUUGGUGGACAAGGCUCUCACACUGGAGAGCUGGGCUGGACUGUUGACAUCUUGUUCUUUACUAACAAAACAGUAGCUCUACACGUUUCAGGAAAGGAAAAUUACUGGAGAUGACCAAAUUUCUAAUUUGGGGAUUCGUAUAUGUCUCUCUAUCUCAACUUCCUGGAGAUCAAAUAAACGGUGCUCAACUUAACAUGAAAAACCUUUGUAAUGAUAAAGGAUUUGCAUCUUCACGUGGACUGAGCUGACCUUUCUUCUACGCAUUGUAAUAUUCUGUAAAGGGGAAGUGAUGGGGUCGAACAAGACAAGAUUACGUUUAGGCUUGGUUUAAAAGCAGCUGUUUUGUGCAGCUGAAACCUCGCCUAUCUGUGGUGGUCAAUAGAUACACAAUUUUUAAAAGCUAUUGCAUGCCGUUAUCAUCUCCUACCAAGACUACUGCAACAUACUCUUUUGUGGCCUCUCAUCUAGCACUCCUGCUCCCCUCCAGUCUAUCCUCAACUCUUUUACAUUACUGACUUACUCUACCAGUACAUCCCCACAUGUAAUCUCUGAUCCUCUCAAGACCAAUCCUUCCUUGCUUUCCUCUUGUCUGCUUCUCGCACAGUCAUCUAGAAAUUUCAUCCACCAUUCUACACUAACCCUGCAGCCACUAUACCGUCGUAUGAGCAGCUUGUACCCUCACUUAAUGCCUUCUUCUCCCUUUCCCUUGUAGAUUGUAAGCCCUCUUGGGCAGGGUCAUCUCCUUCUCUAUACCAGUCUGUCACUUAGUUUCUGUUUAUUGUACUUGUUUUAUAUCACAUAUGUAUACCCCAUUUUUAGAUGUACAGUGCCCUGAAAUGAAUGGUGCUUAAAAAUAAAUAAUAAUAUUAUAUUUAAAAUUGUGGACCAUUGGUUGUCACAGGUGGGCCGGGUUCAGAUGCAUGCAGCAUAUGUGUGGCUUGACCCUUAAACAAAGAAGACAAUAGCUCCAUAUAUUCAGAAGAGAACUAAAAUGAGUGCAGGGGUGGCAAUAGUUUGAGAGACAUGUAUUAAAGAUUAUUUUCAUCUGAAUCUCUUAUUUAGAAGACCCUUAUUAAUGAUGAAGCUUUAUAUAAAAAAAAAGUAUAUUGUUCGAGUUGCUUUGCCCCCUUUGAUGGCAGUACCAUACCAGAAUAGGCACUAGAUUCAGCAGCUAAAAUGUUUCCAAGAAAAAGUCCUAGACUCGUGUGAUCUUCAAAAGACAUAAUUGCCACUGCAUGUAGGGCAUAGAUGGGCCAAGAAGGAAUAGCAGG